GCCCUUGUUCUAUUUUCUCCCUCCUCCUCUCCAUCAACUCCGCAGACACCCUCUCUCUCUCUCUCUCUCUCUCUCUCUCUCUCUCAGAUACGCGUAAUCUCAGACACGAACUGGUAAUUUAUUGAAUCAAGAAAUGAAGAAACAGACACUGUUGGCAUGGGGAGUGGCGAUUCUGUGCUUUGUAGUCCUCAUGAUCGUCACACCGGCGAUUCCCCAGUCGGAAGCGUAUCACGAUUUUGCUGACCAACGUGAAUUCUUUGGUAUACCAAAUACACUGAAUGUGGUUUCCAAUUUCCCAUUCCUUGUAAUUGGUCUCCUGGGGCUCAUACUUUGCUUUCAUAGGAACUAUUUUUGGCUGAGGCUGCAGGGUGAGGUUUGGGGUUGGUCAAUUUUUUUCAUUGGUGUUGCUGCUGUUGCUAUUGGGUCAUCUUAUUAUCAUCUCAAGCCAAAUGAUGCUCGUCUCGUGUGGGAUCGCUUGCCGAUGACCAUUGCAUUCACGUCAAUCAUGGCAAUCUUUAUAAUUGAAAGAAUCAACGAGCAAAAGGGAACAGUGUCCAUAAUUCCCCUCCUCUUGGCAGGUGUCAUCAGCAUAUUGUACUGGAGGUUUUUCGAUGAUCUCCGUCCAUAUGCUCUGAUUCAGUUUGUUCCUUGCAUUGCAAUUCCAUUGAUGGCUAUCUUGUUGCCUCCAAUGUACACACAUUCUGCAUACUGGCUUUGGGCUGCGGGUUUUUAUCUUUUAGCUAAGGUGGAAGAAGCUGCAGAUAAACCGAUAUAUAAAUGGACACACCAUAUUGUCAGUGGGCACACUCUUAAACAUUUGUGUGCAGCAAUGGUUCCAGUCUUGUUGGCACUUAUGCUUGCAAAGAGGAGCAAUGAAGCAGAAAGGCAAAGUUUGCUGGAGACAUGGAAAGUUUCCUGGACCAGAUUUAGAGGGAAGGACGAAGUAAAAGUGGAGAGUUACACAUGUACUUACUCAGAUGUCCCUGUGGAGGAAUCUCCUUAACGACUACAUGCCAUAUUCAUUUAAGCAGAAAUUCUACAUUAGAAUGUUGACAGAUAAUCAUAGUAAAACCUCUUAAACCACUCACAGAAUAUCGGUUCAGUGCUACACCUGAACAAAAUGUUGUAUCUUUCACUUCAAGAAUGUAUACAGAUCACCUUUACUAUAGCGAGUAUUGACUACUGUGUUCAAUGUUUAACUGACUCAGUUUGUGAACCA